AUGUGCUACAGUGGGCAGCCUCUGUGUUCAGGAAACAGGCGUUCACCAACCAGUAGAGAUGCCAAUAGCUCAGGCUCCCAGUAUGCUCUCUGUGCACUGGGGGUGGGCCUGGUGGCACUCGGUGUUGUCAUGAUCGUGUGGAGCAUAGUUCCUUCUGAAACACAGUUGAACAAUGCUACAAACAUGAACAACGGAAGUGACAACAAUGAUGCAAAGAAGACAUCAUCUGUUGCAUUUGUGCUGGUUGGAUCUGGUGUUGCCAUGUUGCUCCUUGCUGUAUGUCUCUGUGUGAGAAACAGGAAGCGAAGGAGACAACGGGAAACUUCAGGUGUACGCAGUGCUGAUUAUGUGGAUCGUGUCCAUAGAGAUCAGGAUGAGGAGUCAGCUGGUGAACCAGCGACCAACUAUGAUGUUCCCACCUAUGAGGAGGCGGUCACCAGUGGACAGUACCUUGUUCGGCAGAGCAACUUGCGUCAGAGUUACCAGCUGCCCUCAUAUGAGGAUCUGAUUGGUGCCGUUGAAAAUGAAAGCCAGCAGCCUAGAGAAGGUAAUGGCCAAGAGGCCCCUAGGCCAGCUCCUGGCCCCAGACCUCAGCCUGCAGCACCCGCCCGCAGCAGCAGCAGGGCCAGUCGGAUCCUCAGACCUCUCCGAGUGCGCAGGAUUAAGUCAGAGAAGCUCCACGUGAAGGAUAUUCGUUUGAAUAUCCAAAAUCCUGGACAGAGUGGGGUGGUGACCAUCGAACCACUGACCCCACCACCGCAGUAUGAGGACAAGCCCCCUCAACUACCCACAGAAGGAGUGUAAUGAUUUCAAUCACUGGAUUUUGUUGAGUGUUAGUAUCUGUGGGUUGUCUGAAAAAUGUUGACUAAUCUGUGCAAAAGUAUAGAGUUUUAUUGAGAGCUAUAAAUGUGUCUCAAAAUCUGCCAAAUUAUGAAAUAGGAUACGUUCAUGUGUUCUGUCAGUUCUUGGACAAAACACUAAAACCUACUUGAAUGUUUUUUAACAAACUUUUUUUUAUAUUUGAAGAAUGGAUUAUAGUAGUGUAUCGUAUUUUUUAUUUAAAAUCAUUUGAGUAAGGAAUGUAAAUGCCACAACGUGUCUCUUGAGAGCAUCAGCGAGAUUUACUUCACAGUUUACAUUGUACAUUGCAAAAACGAAAACAAAUUCUUAUUAAAGAAUAACAUACAGCUCAAGAAUGCUAUCAAACUGUUGCCAAAUGCUAAUUACUGUUUUUGUAAAAAAAAGUUUUCAAAAACUUUUUUUUUUUUAAAUGUUAUUCACAUUUUUUUUAAUGUUAUUCUAAAUAUGAAUGUCUCGUUUUUCAUCUCCAUUUUUUUAUUCUGAAUAUAUAAUGCAUUUGAACCAGAUAGUGUGC